ACGAGAGGAAACCAUAGAAGAUCACAUGUUUCAGACCAAUAGAAAGAAAACAGAAGAAAAAGCGCCACGUGACCAAUCACAUUGUAGACUUGGUUUGACAGAAAAGGGGCACAGGGUGUGAAACCCUUCAGUAACAUCCGUCACUCAUGGACAUGCUGCACAUUUCUGUGGUCGCUCUCUUAGGAGUUGCAUCCUGCAGUCAUGAAUGGAUCUCUGGAUCAGUGUCAGUCAGACGAGGAGACAACAUCACUCUCUACUGUGAUUGUAAAUUAUCAACUGCAGCAUUCAUAGUGUGGUACAGGAACUGCUCUCAUGAGAACCAGCCUCCUCUUGUCCUUAAAGUUUACAGAAUAAUAAACGGUCGGAUCAGUGAUACUAAGGAUUAUCUGGAGGUUCUUCCUCGUUUUCAAUUUGUGAGAAACUUUUCUUCUGAUUCCUAUGACCUGCUGAUCAUGAACAUCACUGAUUCUGAUGAGGGACUCUACUACUGUGGAGUUGAACAGAAAGGAGUUGAAUACAUAAUGGUUUACAGCAACUUGACAACAAGGAUCUCAAUCAAUUCCAGCCCUGACCACAGCAGCUGGAAUGAAAACCCUGUGCCUGAUAAACCCUCCUUGUUGAUGGUGUUCGGUCCAGCCAUCACUAUUCUGUCCUCCGUCAUCGCCUUCAUUUUGGUUUAUCACUUCUAUCAGAAAACAGGUGGUGUCCCUGCUGAGGGCCAGGGUGAAGAUGAGUGUUUCACUCAUGUCGUGUUCCAGGCUGUGGAGGUAAAAAAACACCAAUAGGCAGAGGAUGGACGCCACGUUUGUUUUACUCAAGCUGGAACCAAACGGAAUGAAAUGAUUUGCGUUUCCUCUUGUUUGCUGUCGUGUGGUUUCAGACAGAUCUUGUGAGUGUGUGUGUGUGUGUUAUGUGUGUGUGUUGAAGAAUAUGUAUAUGAGUGUGUGUAUUUCAUUACAUGUAAAAAUGUACAAAUUUAUGUCGGAUCAGUGAUCCGUGAUCAGUGAUAUAUAUAUAUAUAUGCUGGAUAGUUUUUAAACAUCCUCCUCCCAUUAACUUUACCCAACAGUGUCAUGCUGGUGUGUCCAACCUGCUAAAGAGAAGGUAGUCUGUUGCAAUGCUUCCUAACUCAACUGUGUACAGCUGUCCACUGCUCCAGAGAUCACUCUGACGGGUCACAUGCAGGUGGUGAAAGUAAGCCGGUACUGGCCCGGUACGCCGUACCGGUAAGAAAUUACGACACACGCACGGGCCCGUCGCGACAAGGCAAGCAAAACAAGCAAUGGCUUGGGGCGCCGAGCCGGCUUGGGGCCCCAAGACAACGACUGGUUAAGAAUAAAAUGCAACGACACUGUUAUCGGGAUCCCCCUCAAGGGGCCCCUCUCAUGAUCUGUGUCAACCCAAGGCAUGGCUCGUCGUCAAGCAGAUGAGGACAGCUACUUCAAGCCUCUUUGGAAUUUAUUUUAAGUGUUUUACCUUUUCUGUUCUGUUCCGCUGUUUUGUAUGGAGGACUAAAAGGGCCACAAUGAAAUAAAUAAAAACACCAUUAAAUAAUUACUUAAAUGUGUCAUUAAUUAAUUAAAAUUAGAAUUAAAUACAUAAAAGUGUAAUUAAAUGUGUCAUUAAUUAAUUAAAAUACUGAUUCAUUGUAUGUAAAAUGCAUAUAUAACUAUUUUACUAUUUACAUUUACAUUUCAUGGGCCUGCGUUGCAGCGCUUCAUGAAUUACUUAAAACUGUCAAAUUGACCCAUCAAAAGUUGGUAGGCGGAACCUAACGCCUGAUUGGUUACCCUGUGCAUCAAGUCAAGACAAAUCAAUUCGAGAUACUGGAUUGAUGCAGAGCUACUGAACACAUUCCAAUACACUUGGUGGCGCUAUUCACCUCUACGUUGGUUUGGAUACGCUGUUAAACAGAACUUUCAUUGCAACGGCUAAAAAUAAAGGAGAUUACGCGGUCCUGCUAGCCCCAAUGUUGAGACGCCGUGCAGGACAAAAUGUCAAAAAGUUGCCCAGAGCUGCUGAGAGAAGCAGCGAAUUUGAUUGAGGAAGCUCUGCGCAGAAGUCCAACGGCUCCGGCGGCUCCGUCACAGCAGAUACCGGCCGCUCAAUCACGUACACCUGUCCAAGCGGAGGUAGCAAGGCUCUUUGCGCCAUAUAACAUUGGAGCCAGAAGGAAUAUGACGAGACGACCAGCACAAGUCCAAGUUUGCCGAAGAAGCUACACACACACCGUCUGUUGUUUGGCUGACCACAAUGCGGAUAAAAUUCCAAGCGUACUGUUUAAAGCUGAACUUCUUACUUCAGGACUUGGAGAGCAAAAAGUAACAUUUUCAGGGAAUGACCACGAUCCCAUGGUUAUAACAAAUAAACUGAUGGAAGUGUUUCCGAAGCUCCAACAAGGUGGAGGCUUUGAAUUUCUAAAACUUGUAGGAUCGACUCGCAGUCGAAAUCUUGCAUUGCUUCAGUGUCCCAGCACUGGAUACACCCUUGCCUAUCUGAAAGAUCCAUCGACGAUGAUUGGACAGGCUACCAUCUACAUACGUCCACUUCAACAGGAUCUAUCCUUAGAUUGUGAGAGCUCACGUCCUGCCUCUGGUCCAGUCAUCCCCUGCAUCACUUGUCAGAAGGAAGUUCCCUUUUCAGAGAUGAAGCUGCACAGAUUGAGCUGCAAUGGGACACCCAUGCAGGAAUCAGAAAGAGAACAAGAGGGAGGCCAAAGGGAAGAAAAUGAUAGUGAGACCGCCCUAGUCAGUGACAGUGUUCCAGAGAGGUCUGAAACAUCAGCCGAGAGUGCAGUAGUACCAGCAGUGAUUGUUAACGAGGAGUUGGAUCACAAAGAAACAGACAGUGAAUGGAAGCUUAUUAAAGAACCCACUCAAGCUGCCAAAGUUUUCAAAGAGAAUCUGCUAAGGGAACAUGCAACUGGGAAACCACUUAGAAUGAAGAUGGAUGUAAGGGAGUCUGAAGAGGACCGGGAACGGGAGCUUCUCUUAUUCUAUAAACAGCAGCAAGAAUGGGCAUCUCCACUUCAUUGUACUCUGGUUGGUGAUGUUGCUAUCGGAGAGGGAGUGAUGCGGUACUUUAUGACAACAAUCAUAUCCAAACUCCAGUUUGGAUUCAGUCUAGAUCUUGGAGGAAUGGGCCGAACACUGCUAUUUGAGGGUGAACCUGACCAUCUUGUUCCAGCAGCAUCAGAGGCACUUAUUGAAAGCAACCUCUUCCGGGUUGCAGGAAGGAUGUUGGCCCACACCUUUCUGCAUGACGGUCCCCAUGUCACAGGAUUAAGUCCUGCUGUAAUUCAUGUACUCUUCAAUGGGGACCCUGAAAUGGCUACUGUUGUUGUUAAAGACUGUCCUGAUCUGCACAUCAGGAGCAUCAUAGAACUGCUUGAACAUGAAGAACUUACACCGGAACAGAAAGACACAGUUUCAGAUCUUUCCAUGUCUUGGGAUCUUCCGGCAGUCACCAAAACAAAUCGGAGAUGGCUACAUAAUAAACUUCUACUCCAUGCAGUCGUUGGGAGGACCAUGCGCCAAAUUAAACAGUUGAGAAAGGGACUGAAAGAUGUGAUGGUAUGGCCCCUGCUGACAUCUAGGCCAGAUGUUGUCCCACUUCUUUUCCCCAAAAUGGCUGAAAUGCAGUUCACACCCCAGAUGCUCCUAGAAAAAAUCACAUGGCCAGUUGAGGACAGUGAUGAUGAAGACUUUGACUUGGACACCACCUGCCGCAUCACUGGCUUUUUAAGGAUGUUCAUUGAAACAGCUUCAUCAGGUACCCUGGCCCAGCUGCUGACAUUCUGGGUUGGCUGGGAGAUGCUUCCUCCUGAAUUGAUAGUGGAGAUUUCUGGGGGAACCCUUCCUACGUCCUCCACAUGCUUUGAAACCCUAAAGCUGCCAGCUCAUUUCAAAAUCUACAUGGACUUUGAGAAAGCACUUGUCGCUGCUAUAAAAAGUACUGGAUUUGGGCUGGUUUAAGUUUGUUCAGACAGAUGUCAAUUAGGGCUGGGUAAUAUUUCAAUAUUAUAUCUAUCGUAAUUUUGACAUGUAAUGUUACAUGGUAAGUUCAGUCUUUUCCUGGUUUCAAAGGCUGCAUUACAGUAAAGUGUAAUUUUCUGAAUUUACCAGACUGUUCUAGUAUUUGCCUUUAACCACUUAGUCAUUAUAUCCACAUUAUGAUGGUUAUUUAUCAGAAAUUUAAAGGUGGAAGAUAUUUUGUGACUGAAUCAAUUGUCAACCAUACAAUAUCGUCAUUGAGGUGUUUGGUCAAAAAUAUUGUGAUAUUUGAUUUUCUCCAUAUUGCCCAGCCCUAAUGUCAAUGCCUACACUGUUCAGAGUCUUUGAAAACUUAGAUUAACACACUGUGCAGUAGUUGACCUUUUGUUAUUCAUUUUUUUAUUCUGCAUAUAUUUCUUUUAAAAGGAAAGCAAACUUUCAGUUUUUGACUGCUGGUUCUAACACAACAAAUAAAAACAUGGCUUGGA